AUGAUUUCUCAGCAGGAAAAGCGGCUAGUGAUAUCUAUUGUUUAUAUUGGCAAAGAUAUGUAUAGACUUGCAUGUAUUCACUAGCUACCUGAAGUCGAAAAAGGGUGCCAUUAUAGUCAGGCAGAUAGAGGACCAAAAUUAUGGAAAACUUACCAUAUCGUGGGACAAUUCCAUUUUGCCUUCGUAUUGUGCCCUGAAGGCUAAUAAGUACGUUUCUGUAUGUUGGCCGCGUUAAAAUUUCUUGUGGGCUCCUGCAUGCCGACACGUUUUUCUUCGAAUUUUGCCGUUAUAUUAAACUCUAUUACAGUUAAAAAAUGUGAAACUUCUGAUACAUUUCUAAUACAAAUGACUUGCAUCAAUAGAAAGCGAACAAAAACUACAUAUGAAACAUUUAAAUGGUUAGUUGGAAAAUUAGCCAAAAUCUCGCAAAAUUCCUGGUGAGUCUGAAAACACGUAUUCAACAGCUCGUAACUCAAGAACUUGAAAAACCCGGGUAACCGUUUAAAUGUCUUAUAUGUAGUUUGUUCCAAGCUUUCAAAUGAUGUAAGUCAUUUGUGUUAGAAAUGAAUUUGAAAUUUCACAUUUUUUAACUUACGGUAAUAGAGUUUAAUACAACAGUCGAAGAAAAACGUGUCGGCAGGAGCCCACAAGAAAUUUCAACGCGGCCAACAUACAGACACGUACUAACUAGCCUUCAGAGCACACUACCAGGUGAUCUUGAUACGCGGAAAAGUACUGGCACUAGUUGUCAAAUAGAAAUCCAUUUUAUGAUUAAAACAACUGAAUAUCUCCUGUAAUAUACUUUAUUUCGAUUCCAUAUUUUUGUCAGAGCUAUAGUUCUCAUAACAAAACAUAAUUACAAAAUUUCAACUAGUUUCAUAAAGAAUAACGAAAGAUAUAAUUGACUGAAUACAUCAAAAUGGAUUUCUAUUCGGACAACCCUUUCUGAGCGCUGAUUGGCUAAAAUACGAACACGAGAUCACCUAGUAUGAAGGCAAAAGGAAAUUGUCACACGAUAACGUAAGUUUUUUCCUUCUAUCUGCCCGACUUCCUUUUGGGUGAAACAGGCUGUAGUGGCAACCAUUUGAAGCUUGUAUGUAUCACUAUAUUUGCGGAUUUGCCUUUCUCCGAACGAGCGCGUGUUUCUAACAUACUAAAAAUGAUCUUCUUAAAAAUAGCAAAAACAAUUAUUUUGUAAAAUAAAGCAUCCUAGGAAAGAAACAUCUGCCAUAUGUCGUUAAAAAAUAAUUAGAUGGCCUCAUAGUGAACGGUGGAUUUUCGGCUUCAUUUUCAGACAACAGUUACUCAAUCUGGUUUUAUUUCUAGAUCAAUAUAGUGUACCUAUUGUCACUAACCCAACAUGCAUGCAUGCAUUACUGUAAUAUAUAGAGUUUUUUGGCCACUGAGAAAAAUCAUAUUUAAACACACGUAAAAAAUACGAUAUUUUUGCGUGUGAAAAUAUCAUUUGUUGUAAAACGCAUUGCCAUGCCACGGACGUUUUAUUGUUUUUUUACUGAAUUUUGUUUAUAUAAUAAACAGAAAAAUACAUGGGUGCUUGGAAAUACCGGAUUUAUUUCUCGUGUUGAACAUAAUAUCUCACUCGUUCGCAGCGCUCACUCGUGAGAUAUCAUGUUCAACACUCGAAAUAAAUCUCGUAUUUCCGCACACCCAUGUAUUAUUCUCUAUGUACCAUACUUGAAACUCAACCACAAUGAAAUCCCAUCAUCGUCUGCACCUGUGCUUCAUUUUAAUUUGUAUUUGUAUCAAAUUUUCACAGCAAUAACUCUCAGGAUACAAGGAUACAAUGGUUUUGGUCGUGUUGAAGUAUUACACAAUGGGAAAUGGGGAACAAUCUGUGAUGAUAGUUGGGAUAUAAAUGAUGCCAGGGUUGCAUGUCGUCAACUUGGUUAUACAAAUGCUGUUAAAGCACUUAAAGGGGGCGAUGUUCCUCAUGGUACUGGACAGAUAUGGUUAGAUGAUGUCGGUUGCACUGGCAGUGAACAAAGUUUGACCAAUUGUUCCCAUAGUGGAUGGGGAGCUCAUAAUUGUGAUCAUGGUGAGGACGCUGGAGUUGAAUGCUUACCAGGUAUAAUUAAAUGUGGGACAGUUAAACAAUGGGAAAUUACCAUCCUGCACGCACUGUUUGCCUGCUUUGCGCGCACUGUUUGGCUGCGAAUCUUGUCUUUCAAAACCGGAAAUCGGACUGGAACACGCGUUCGUUAUUUUGAUUUAGCAAACGAAGCACGGCGAAUAGGUUAAAUGGCAAAAUUCUCAUGGUGCCCAGUUUGCAAAAACAACUGCAAACUGCUCUAAUUCUUUCUGUCACUUUCAUUUGAUCGUAUCCGUGAAUCGGCCUCAACGGCCUUUGAUUAAUGAUUUGCAUUAUUUAAACUUUUACAAAUAUCUUGUCUUUAACCUAAUAUUUAGAUGCAGGUUUAUUAGCAUAGCAUUACCGGUUGCCAUGGCUAGCUUUGGCACUGGCCGACAAAAUAUGUAAUACAUGUCUCCCGCAGGUUUUCAUUCCUGUCAUGCGCAACAGGGUGGACUUUCGUCGACGCUGCAUAAAAAUAGCGCGGGCUCGUGAGCUUUUCCCCGCAAAUUUUGCUUUUCGAUGUUUGGCUUACAAUUUCUAAGGAUGUUGAAGUUUACAGUGUGAUUCACUAGUUUUUGAAAGCAUCUGGGUUUUUUUGUUGGAAGUUCUAGCCUAACCUGGUUUUUUUUUGUUGGAAGUUCUAGCCUAACUCUUCAACAACCUAAUGACUGUUUUUAAAGCAAAGCAAUUAAAAGGAAAACCUAUAUUUUCAUACGAAGAAAAUGAGUGGCGAUAUUGAUGUUGAACUGUUUUGAGCAGAUGCUUCGAAGAACGUGAUAUGGUCGAGCCUUGUAUCUUAAAAGUGUACUUGGAACAGCCGAACAAAGUGGUAAAUUUUGUUACCCGGUGUGUUGGGCAUCAUGAUUCACAGGAAUAGUACACAUCGGCGUUUAAACUGGCUAUUAAAUAUCCUGAAUAUACUUCGUCGAGUAGUUUAAUGCGGCACGCGUCUUUGUAUAAGGGCUUUACUUGGCUUUAAUCGACGUGUAUUAAAGGUAUAACUUAGGUAAGCCAACAUUUUUUUGUAAUGCAAGUUACAUUUUCAUAUUUUUAAUGUGUGAAUAUUUUUAAUUUUGUAAAAAAUUAAGCGCAAUAUGUUGUUGGAGAAAGUAUCGAGUGCUUCAUAAUGACGCUCAGAUCUUGUAUACAGAUAUUCGUAUUUUAUUCAAAAUCUACCCUUUACCACCAGUUUUUUUACUCUUUUAUUUUAAAGUAUACAUAAUCCUUGACUUGAUAACACGAUGAUCUACUUGAUGGAAAUUGGGCAAAAGGGCGAUCUUUGCAGAGCAACUUGACCGAGACCCUAUUUUCAUUGUAGUAUUUCGUGACAAUUUGUUUGCCGAUUUCUAAUUUACAUUGUAGAACGGGUUCCUAGUGAAUUAAAUUAAUUGUCUAUCUUCUACAGAAUAGUAAUAAGCGCGACUCCUUUUUGUUGACGGAUGUUGAAUUCAUUUUAGACUUGUGUUCAUAUACAACAAUUAAGUACACUACCGAGUACUGAAUCACUGUUUGCAAAUAAAUUAGUCUAUAUCACCAAAAAAAUUCAAGCUUAUUUUUAAAGUCAAAUAGUUUCUUCAUGGAUAAAAGUAGUUUGUAUCGAGUCAAAAAUAGGGCAAGUACGAAUUUUAAGAAGGUAAAUUUGCACUUGUAUAUCUCACUUCGAAAAAGAUAUACAUAUAUAAAACAGGUAUAUUUGUACUGCGAAAUUAAACGGCUGCAACAAAGUUUUUAUUUCUACUUUCACGUUCUUAUUCCAAAGCAAGCACUUCUAAGUUGGAAAUGCCUAAAAUUGUGAGCGUAGAAACACUAAAGAAACAAGAAAAAGACUUCAUAACACGAGUAGUUUUUGGCACAUUUGGUGUUUGUUUUUAGAAUUCAGUCACGCGAUUAAUCCGCGCUCACAUGCACUCCACGCUUACGUUUCUCGCGCAUGCGUGGACGAAAGUCCACCCUGUUGUCAUGCACCAAAUGUCAGAUAUUCCUCUCCAUUGUUUAAUCGUUGAAACGUUUGAAACGCGCGUUUUAACUUUCGGACAGAUAUUUUACCGAUGUGAAAGAGCAGUAGUUUUCAGAGUACAAAUAUUCAAUCAUAUUGCUCAAUCUUUAAAAAGUGGGAUAUAUUAUGGACGUCAAACAAGCGUGUAAGACGUAAUAUUAAUUAAAGGCUCUUUCCAUUACGGUCGUUCUUCCCGCACGGUUUGAGCAAACAUUUUUGAACAUGCGCUGUAGCUUGACAGCUUGAGUUCACUUUAGCCCUUAUGUGCACGCCAUACAGUAAAAGAAAGUGAGCUACAAUCAAAUGUCUUCGCCUGCGCGGUCGAAGAAAGGCUAUAAAAUGCUAAAAUGAUAAAAAAUGAGAUCCAAUAGUUUCGCUUUUCCUGCCUAAGAUUAUCAUGUAUUUUUAGACAUCGAUGAAUGUUCUUUAUCUAUUGACAACUGUCACCAAAACUCAAACUGCACCAACAUUGAUGGCUCUUUUCUGUGUACUUGCGAUAGUGGAUAUACUGGAAAUGGAACACUUUGUCAAGGUAAGUAUAUAAUGUGCAUUUAUACCUACACUGCGCAAGCAAUAUGAGAAGAAAUGAAACGGUUUAUUAGCAUGUUCCUAUUUUUUUUCAAGGUUUUUCUCGGUUAUUUUGUACGCUUUUGCCCAAAACUUCUCGAGACAAAAACAAAUUCGACGAAGAAGGAAGGCCAAGCCAUUUAAUUUUACUGUUUUUACACGUAGAACUAUAGAUAAAAUUGCUUUGUUCCUUUGGUCUAUUCCUUCUUGCUUUCUAAAAAAUGUUGUAUUUGCAAAGCUAUAUAGUUUUCUUUAUAUUUUGGGAAAAAACCAGAAAGAGCAACUGAGCAAGGCAGUGCUACAGACCCCAGCAGUGCUCUCUGGAAUUCCUUAAAUUAUCGGUAAAAAAUUCCUCGGAUUUAGUAAAAUUUCGUGGGUUAGGCAUGCAUGUUUUUUGGUAAUUUAUGGCCUGAAUUAUUGAGAAUUACAAAGUUAGGUUCCCAGAAUUUUUGUCUCAUUUGGGAAUUGGGAUUUUGAGGCUAUAAAAUGCUAAAAUGAGAAAAAAUGAGAUCCAAUAGUUUCGCUAUUAAAGCAUUUGUUAACCCUAUGCUCUAUAGAGGUGGAUGAAUGUUCCCAUGAAUUGGACAACUGUGGCAAUAAUUCUCAAUGUAUUAACACUGCUGGGAGUUUUUCAUGUAGAUGUAACCGAGGUUAUACCGGAAAUGGCGUAAUUUGCACAGGUAAGUGUUGAUUGGAAUUUAACCCUGCUUUUCGACCACAUAAACUAUUAUACGUACAGUCACUUUUUUCGUGCCUAAGAUUAUCAUGCAUUUUCAGACAUCGAUGAAUGUUCUUUAUCUAUUGACAACUGUCACCAAAACUCAAACUGCACCAACAUUGAUAGCUCUUUUCUGUGUACUUGUGAUAGUGGAUAUACUGGAAAUGGAACACUUUGUCAAGG